AAGUAGUAGGUAUUAGUUUUUUGCUUACGGACCAUGAAGCUCUUAGUUGUGACGGUAUUGGCUCUGGCGGCGGUGGCGUCCGCGAGGAACAUCAACCAGGAGGAUGUCAUCGAUCUUGAUGACAUCACCGCCUACGGGUACCACACUAAAGUUGGUAUUCCCCUGGCUGAAGAGAUUCGCAUAGCCGAGUUGGAAGCUUCCCGCAACCCAUCCAGAAUUGUCGGUGGAUCUUCUGCCAGCCUCGGACAAUUCCCAUACCAGGCUGGUCUUGUCAUUAAUUUACCUCUUGGUCAAAGCGCUUGCGGUGGUUCUUUGCUCAACCAGAGGAGAGUGCUCACUGCCGCUCACUGCUGGUUUGAUGGCAUCAACCAAGCAACUAGUUUGACAGUCGUACUCGGCUCUAUCACCUUUUUCAGCGGUGGUACCAGACUUUCCACCAAUAACGUCAUCAUGCACGGCAGCUGGACCCCCAGUCUGAUCCGUAACGAUAUUGCCAUUAUCAACUUGCCAUCUAACGUUGCUACUUCAGGCAACAUCGCCCCAAUCGCGCUGCCCUCUGGUAAUGAGCUCAACAACCAGUUUGCCGGAUUCACCGCCACUGCGUCUGGUUUCGGUCGCACCGUUGACGGUGGAAGCGUCAGCCCAACCUUGAACCACGUCAACUUGCCUGUGAUUACGAACAGCGUAUGCAGUGUGUCCUUCCCCUUCAUCCUCCAGUCUUCAAACAUUUGCACCAGCGGCGCCAACGGCAGAGGCACUUGCCAGGGUGACUCCGGCGGUCCUCUUGUCGUAACCAGCAACAACAGACGCAUCUUGAUCGGUGUGACCUCAUUCGGAUCCGGCCGUGGUUGCCAAGUCGGAGCGCCGUCUGCCUUCGCUAGAGUCACCUCAUACAUCAGCUGGAUCAACCAACGUCUUUAAAAAUGUCACGCAGUUUUGGCAAUCGUUAUAACAUAAUAUUUUUAAAUUAAAGCGUAAUAUUUAAAAUAAA